AUGCCAUGUCAGGCCAGCUGUGGUCUUCGUCGUCGCCUUCGACGAAUGAGCAGUCUUGUUUACCCAGCUUUCCUCUUCCGUUGUCUUAUUGGAUUUCCUCGAUUGAACGGGGCCUACACCUCACUCUAUUCUCUGCAUGACUUCGAUUGGCGGCACCCCUUUCCCGCAACCACGCUGGCCAAGGAUACCCCAAAAAUUCACAGGAUUCUCCAGUGUUUCGAUAACAUUCGGCACUCUGAAAAACAUGCUCCUGAUGACACACCCGAGUUUCGCGGCACACCAGCCCUCGCCCUCCUGCGUGCCGCUCUCCAG